AAUAUUUUAAAAACGAUUCAUCACCACCAUGAGCACUGAUAACAACUCUAAACCAAAGUCCAUGAGCAGAGCCAAAGGAUGGACGGCAGAGGUGGAAAACCUGUUUAGAUUCCAGCAGGCCGGCUACAGAGACGAAAUGGAGUACAUACAAGUCAAACAAGGGGCCCUGAUUGACAAAUGGCCAGAGACCGGCUUCGUAAAGAAGCUCCAACGUCGAGACGGCACCUUUUAUUACUACAACAGGAAAAGGGAAUGUGAGGACUCUGACAUACACAAAGUCAAAGUCUAUGCAUAUUAAGGUGUUCUGGACUCAGAGGUCCUUAAGAUAACCUCUCUGUUUUCAAUAAAAUGUUUUUUUAA